AUGAGUUACAGUCAAGAAUCCCUUAGCGUGGAAAGUGCUGAUAACCAGGCAACGAGGUCUCAAAAUACAGUAAGAACCCUACCAGUAACAGUAGAUGGCACAGAAAACGCGAAGCCGAUUGUUGACUACAAAGAUAAACUAUGGACUGAAAUUGAUGUCUUGGAUGAUGUGAAGCGAAUGGCUGAGGAUAGAAAACUGUUUAAUGGCUUUCCAGAAGGUUUUGAAUCACAUUUGGAGAACAUACGCAAAUCGCAUGCGACUUUGUUGAACGCACUUAAGAAUACGUCCGCAGACAAUUUGGAAGAACAGCAAGCUCAAAUUGUGGCCGUAAUGAAGCAGACAGAGACAUUCAGAGAUAAAUAG